UUUCAUCCAGUAGCCGCUGUAGCAGAAACAGCAGUCCUAGCAUCACUAUGCUAUGAUAAUAGCUGCUGUUUACGGGGGACACGCUAGUAGAGGCACGUCAGGAAAGCAAAUCUAGGCGUUGUCAUUACACCGGGAGUGCACCCCGUUUCGAAGAAGCAUAACGGCAUUCAGGCACAUGCUUGAUGUGACAGCAGGAUCGUGCUUUUCACUGCAGUGCAUUGUUCUUUCUUUACUACAGAUAAUGGUAAGGUGGUUGUUUCUUGCGUCGGCUUGAGCUGUUUUGGAUGCUCAGUUGCCAGAGGAGUAAAGAUGCUGAACGUGAGAAUGUGCGCCGCACGCCUCAGCUUCGUGCGGCAUCUGGCUUAAUGGUCAUUGUUAUGUUUGCUCGAUCUGAUUGAAGAAGAGUAAGGUGUCGGGUUGUGUUAGCAGAAGCGGAGGCAGCCAGCGAUGUCCAAAGGGAGGAACUGCGAGACUGUCAAAGUGGUGGUGAGAUGCCGCCCCUUGAAUUCGAAGGAGGAGGCAGUCGGUCACGAAAAUAUUAUGACGAUGGAUGUUAAAUUAGGGCAAGUGUCUGUCCGCAAUCCGAAGUCUGCCCCCGGUGAGUUACUUAAAACAUUUACCUUUGACGCCGUAUACGACGCAAACUCCAAGCAGAGUGACCUGUACGAUGAGACUGUCAGGCCUCUCAUUGAUUCGGUGCUUCAAGGCUUCAAUGGGACCAUAUUUGCAUAUGGUCAAACUGGGACAGGCAAGACGUACACGAUGCAAGGGGUUUGGAUGGACCCUGAAAAGAGAGGUGUUAUCCCUAAUUCCUUUGAACACAUAUUCACCCAUAUAUCAAGAUCACAGAACCAGCAGUAUCUGGUAAGAGCAUCAUAUCUAGAAAUUUAUCAAGAAGAAAUAAGAGAUCUCCUAUGCAAAGACCAGACCAAGAAAUUGGAGCUCAAAGAAAAUCCAGAAUCUGGAGUUUACAUCAAAGAUUUAUCAUCCUUCGUGACAAAAAAUGUAAAAGAGAUUGAACAUGUCAUGAAUGUGGGCAACCAAGCUAGGUCGAUUGGGUUCACCAACAUGAAUGAGCACAGUUCAAGGUCUCAUGCCAUUUUUGUAAUCACAGUGGAGUGCAGUGAGAUGGGGAUUGAUGGAGAAAACCACAUCAGAGUGGGCAAGCUAAACUUGGUGGACUUGGCUGGCAGUGAGAGGCAAAGUAAAACUGGCGUUCAGGGUGAACGUUUCAAGGAAGCUACUAAGAUCAAUCUUUCACUGUCUGCUUUGGGAAAUGUUAUAUCUGCCCUGGUUGAUGGCAAAAGCACUCACAUACCUUACAGGGACUCAAAACUCACCAGGCUACUUCAGGAUUCUCUUGGAGGCAAUGCUAAGACCAUAAUGGUGGCCACUCUUGGUCCUUCUUCCUACAACUAUGAUGAGACACUGACAACCCUAAGAUAUGCCAACAGAGCCAAGAACAUCAAAAAUAAACCACGGGUAAAUGAGGACCCCAAAGAUGCCCUGCUGAGAGAGUUCCAGGAAGAGAUUGCCAGGUUAAAAGCCCAACUAGAGAAACGGGGCAUGCUGAGCAAAAAAAGGAGACGAAAUAGCAGGAGAAAUCGAAAAAUUCUGGAUGGUGAGGAAAUCACUGAUGGUGAGGGUGAAGAAGAGCGGGAGGAUAACAUGGAGAAGGAUGUAGAAGAGUACUUGAAGGAACAGCAGCAGAAACUGGUACUGGAGAAAGCGGCUAUCUUGGAUGAUCACAGCCUUGUGGCAGAAGAAAAGCAGAAACUCCUUGAUGAGAAAGAGAAAAUGAUGGAGGAUUUGAGAAGAGAACAGGAGGCGACAGAGGCACUAACUGCUAAAUUUAAGGCUAUGGAAAGUAAGCUGCUUGUUGGAGGGAAAAACAUCAUCGAUCAUACAAAUGAACAGCAGAAGAUGCUGGAGCUGAAGAGGCAUGAAAUAGCAGAGCAGAAACGCCGUGAGCGAGAGAUUCAGCAGCAGAUGUUGGUGCGAGAUGAGGAGACAGUGGAGUUGAGAGAGACAUUUUCUUCCCUACAGCAGGAAGUUGAAAUUAAAACGAAGAAACUGAAGAAGCUUUACUCCAAGCUUCAGUCUGUGAAGGCAGAAAUACAGGAUCUUCAAGAUGAGCAUGUGAGAGCCAGACAGGAUCUAGAACAAAUCCAAAAUGAGCUGACUAGAGACCUCAAGUUCAAGUAUUUGAUUAUUGAAAACUUCAUUCCUCCUGAGGAGAAGAACAAAAUUAUGAAUAGAAUUAUUUUUGACAGUGAGGAGGACCAAUGGAAAUUUCAGCCCUGGUUCCAAGUGGAAAGUAAGAACAGCCAAAUGAAGAGGAGGCCUUCCUCUGCAGUGGGCUACAAGAGGCCAAUCAGUCAGUAUGCACGGGUUGCCAUAGCAAUGGGAGCUCAUCCUCGAUACAGGGCAGAAAACAUCAUGUUUCUAGAGCUGGACAUGUCUCCACCUACUGUAUUUGAGCUGGACUUCUCCAGGGCCCAGUCUGACCAUGACUUGGCUCUUCGCCUUGAACGUGAUCUAUUCCUUGAAAAUUCUGCAUAUAGGGAAAGAGCAGCUGCCACUCGGGUCAAGAAAUCCAGGUCUUGGUGUCGACCUCCAAGGUUAAUAUCUUCCUCAUCGUCAAGCUUCACUCUGGCCUCUGGAUCCCAGUACUUCCCCCAGCCACAAGGGGUAGCAACAUCAUCCCAUCCUUGAAGAUCCCCUUUUAUACCUCUGAAGGGAAAGUCCAGGGCAUGAAGCCUGCUUUCAGCACAAAUUGUGUCAGCUUCCAGCAAAAUUAGCAUUAAUUAUCUUUGUUUUCUAUGUGGAAAAGCUAAUGCUGCAGAACAAAAGGAAAACUAAUUGCACUGGACUGGAGGACUAUAACUGGCAGCAAGAACAAAAUGGGGGUUUGUUAUAUCGUUGUGGUGUAAAAUAGCUACGUAUAAGGCCUUUGCUUUGCUCAGUUACAGAAACACAGUGCUCCUUUAGGGUCACAGGUUAAUGUGCCAUUGCUGCCAUGUCUCACAGAUGGCCACCUUUCACAAGUAGAAAGCAAUGUGGGUGCUUUCCUAUAGUACAAGCAAAACAACUCCUGCAAAAGUUCAGAUUCAGUACUGCUCAGUAUAUUUCAGAAGCUUCGGAUGUUGAACCAACAUGAAAGGAUUAAUAAGGGGAAAGGUUGCUGAGUAUAUGGAACCUCUGGUUGGUUACCAAUUUUAUUAAUAUUUUAAGUUGCUAUACUGAGAUGCAUUAUUAUUUCAAAUACAACAAAGCUAGCCUUUAAUAUUACAUUCAAAAAUAUCCUAGGAAGAAAAUUAUUAAUCACAGUUUUACCCCUUUCUCCUAUUAUGUUUUUAAAACAUGCAUUUAUGCUUCCCAUAAAUAUAAUAGAUAGGUUUGUUCUUUCAUUUGCUAACUGCUAUCAUACAAGUAAUGUCAGAAUAAUGGCGUAACUGAAAAGUAUAUUAUGAUGAAGGGAGUUUUGAUCAAAACAAAGGGGUUCCAGUUUCUGUAUCUUUAUUGUGAUUAUGUUUUAUUGUCAUCUUUUGGGCAUUUCAUAUUGGAGUCAAGACUGUCAGCCAUUGUGUCGUUCAUGCAGGAUCUUUCAGGGUAAACAGCUCCCGAAAACAUUGUUACUGUGCCAUGCAACACAUUUGUUUUUACCAGAAUAUACAGUCUCUUAAGUGACACGUCGACACAUUGAACAGGAAGUGGGAGUUGGACUUGCAACCUUUUGACUUUAUAUCAGGCUUCUUAGCCACUAGGGAUGGAUUUAACUUAUUGAUUAAUGCUGACCACAUCAGAGUCUAAGUCCAAAAUUGAAAAACUGCCUAGACAUAAUGUGUUUUGUAAUUUAUGUCUUUGCAGUGGCCACCAAGCAGUCUGAGACUUUGGGAUAGCACUUGCUGUGCACUUGCCAUCUGCCAUAGCUGUUCUUACAGCGAAAUGAAUAUAUUCCUAAUCAAACACUGCCCACUAUCUUUCGUUGGAUUGUUGUUCAGCAACCGUUACUAUUGUAUCUUUUAAGGCACUCGCAAUAACCAAUUAUAAAUUUUACAGUGAGAACUGAAGAUAGAACUGAUGUUUGACUAAUUACUGUGGACACCAAAAAUGAAAUGAUUUUUUAAAAACUCUCAUUAAAUUCUUCUCAGCUAGUCACCAGAACAUACUGGUUUCACAAAUAACACACCUCUGCACAGGUAACGUAUGUUGAUCAGAAAAUUACAUUUGUUCUUAGGUAUAUACAGUAUACUAAAUAAAUAUUUGUACAAGUUGAAAUUAUGUAGGUAUCAAUGCAGGAAACAUAAAUAGUUGACUAUUUUUGAUCAUUUAAUGGUUAAAUGAAAAUAUUUUUAAAAAAUAUAUGCAUUCUUCAAUCAUUUUAAGGAAAAAUUAUAAUUCUAUCUAACCACUGACUUUCAUUCAGGUUUAUCUCUUAAUUAAAAACAUAUAAUUCAUUUCCAGCCUGUUCUUGUGAUGGCUGGAGCCAUCCCUUUCUGAUAUACAGUCCCGGUCCCCAUGAAGGCAUUCAUGCAUAUCCAGCUCUGCUAAUUAAAAAAAUAGCAAAAAUAAUGAGUGUCAGUAGUUUGGGUAGUCAAACAGACGUAUGGUCUACAGCUAAAGUAGUCGAGACGACAUCACACAAGUGACUUAAACUGUAGCAAUAAGUAGGUUGUGUUACACAGUUAAUCUAAAGUGAUUUGGCGUGGUGUCAAUAUGAAAGGCACUAUAGAAAUAAAAUAUUGCCAGACUUUAAUUGACUGUCAGGCUUAAAACUCUUGGAAAGACCUAGAAAAACCAAAGUCUUCGCAAAUGAGUCUCACUGAUACCCACACAUGCACUCGGCAGGAGUAAAUGAAAAAUGGGGGGCAUGAAGCAGAGGAAUAGCGACCACCAGAAACAAGGGGUAAUGCUGGAAGUUUAUUUAAAAGUGAUUAUAGCUUAUUUUACGUCAAGUAAAGAGUUCUCCCUCUCUUCAAAUGUUCUAAAAAAACUAUCUUAUAUAAUUAUUUUCAACACAUGAGUGCGUGUAGUCUAAAAUGGAUGCCCUCCAGUCCAGGGCUGAUUUCUUCCCUUGCGCCAGUGCUGCUCAAAACGCCAUAAAGACCUGUAAUUGAAUUAGUGAAUGAAUAAUUACGGUUCGAUGAUAUUCUUGUUGAAUAUUUUUUAUGUAAACAAAGCGUAUACAUCUAUACAUGCAUGUGAGCAUAAAAAAUAUAGACAUGUAUACCUACUGUAACCACCAGUGUAGGUGCAGCAGUGCCCCAUACCCCCAGACACAACUAUACACCACAGUACUGGGUCCAUAUUCAAGGUGUUUAUUCCCCACAAUAUUUCCACAAGGUUCCAAUUCCCUCAUUUUCAGGCUGCACAACAAAGUCAUAAGUUUUACUUGUCCUUCCACACUUCAUCCGCCUCCUCACAAUUCUGCCUACUCAUGCAGGUGCUGGACCUGGGGGUACUUUCUGUGCCACAGCACUGCACAUCGGAAGCAGGUCAGGUGGAAACUCCUCAAAGAAAGUACAACGCUCUCCUGAAUGCUCCCCCUUGUGACACCCAGAAAAAACGACAGGGCUUUCCCAUGGGACUGCAAUUCCCAGCCUGCCCUGCAGGUAAUAUGUAUGGGAGUUCCACCAGUGGGAUGUUGCCACCAUCAUGUUCUAGAAACACAUAAUCCAGACACCUUCUAUUCUUCCGAACAGACCUCCCUUCUGGGAAAUGUACUAGCCUACAAACUGAAUGGGACACCAAUCCGUCUCUGUCCUUCCCUUACACCCUGGCAUCCUGGCAGGGAACCAUCCUCCAUCCAGGUCCAUCUCAUAUGGCACUCUCACUACAUAAUUAGUCUCUCGCUGACUGAUACAGCUACGCUGUUUCUAAAACUAGGCAGGACAUAUUGACUAGCCAGUUUGUUUUUAGCACUCAUGUAAAAAUCUGCUCCUGUCUUCAUUGCCUCCUCCAUUGCCACAUACAUUUAUUUCACUGUCUACCUGGAAAUUACCUUUAGUCAAUUUGUAAGCCCAAUGUUUAUUUAUUACCAUUUUGAAUUUGCUGUUUUUACACAAGACCACAGGGUUUCAUUAACAUCAUACUUUGCGCACACAUUGCUUUCACAUUUAUUUCUGUACAGAAAAAACUGAAAUCUUACAUUUUGUCAUGAACAAUGUACAAAGAGGAUCCUUUGUCAUGAAAAAUGUAAUGGUUUUAUUUAGAUUGUUAUAUUAAUAAAUAUGGAUAUUGUAGAAGCAGGCAGACAUGGGCACCCCUAGCCCCAAUGAAGGCACUUGGAUUCUCAGAACAGGCAGCAGAAUUAAGAUUUAUUUUAUGGCACACAUACAGGCUCACUGCAGAUGCAAUGAGAGAGCAGCCACAGGCAGCUCUUACAUUUAUUACAGUUCUUACCACACAAGUCAUUUUUCAUCCUCAUCUGACUCCUAACACUAUACUGCUCUAGUUCUGCCCCUAAUUAAUUCCACUAUUAUUUCUCAGCUGAGGGGGUGUUAAACCCCUCUCUGUCCAUCAUAUCUGUCUGACAAGGCCUACCUGUACUCCCUGCUAGCUCGGCGCUUGCUACCAUUACUUACAGCCAAAGAGUUCACAUUCCCUCUCUAAGCGAGGGGACCCAUCCUUUCCAGCUGUCUUGCACAUCUGACCUUUGGCUUAUGGUUUGUAGCUCAUACAGAAUAAUAAAAAAUAUGUAGAUAUAGGUCUUUUUAAUCCUAACUCUUAUAUCUUAGUGUUUAGUGAAAUAUAGUAUUUACUUUUCUCAUGUGCUUAUGAAUACUUUUCUAAAACGUAGAGAUUACCAAUUUUAAAAAUAGAUUUUUCUAUAAUAUAAACCCGAAAAAUUAUAAAAUUAAUCUAAA